AUGCUGGGCGACGAGGAGGUCAUUGCCACAGCCGAGGCCGUGGUGGAUGCGUACCUCGUGGGCCUCCUCUACCCGCCUACCACUGCCGCCACAAAGGCUUCAUCACAGGCUUCUCACCUUCGCUAUGUCCUUUGCGGGGCUUGCAUGGAGAAAGCGCCUCAAUUGCACGUGUUAAAAGGCGCAUCGGCAGAGAAGCCUCUGAACGUGUUGCGGCGCAGCGCUCAGGUCUUGUAUGUUCUCUCGUGCGUAGUGGACAUGGUGCAUCAGGGCCUGACGUGUACAGAGCGAGACGUGUACUACCGGAACACGCCGCUCUUUCCUAAUGGACAACGGGACGUUCAUGUUAGCAUUGAACAUCUUUGUCGCUGGAUGAAUUCCGCUCGUCCGCUGAACGUUCACACUGCAUCGAAGGGUGUUGACACCCCCGUGGGUGUGAGGCAGCGAUGCUACACACGUGAGGGACUUCGCAUUAAUGCGAGCGGGAAGAGUAUUCUCGUUGGAUACAUUUCCUUUGACAUUCCAAGAAGUUCAACAUUUUCGGUCUUCGCGGCUCAUCCGACGCAGCUGACGGAGGGGGGUAUCCCGCAGUCGCAGGGGGAUUUGGCACAAACUGCCAUUGCUUCGAUGGGGACCGUGGUGGUGGAUGGCACGCGACAGGCUUCUGGAAUUAUUGUCGACAUGGCUGUGGGGGUGCGUGGUUGUCACUUUCGUGGUGCAGGGGGCCCCGGGAGUUUGCCAGCUGCUGUGGUCCUUGUCGAGAAGGAGAGUACACUCCGGACGCUCGUCGAGGCAGAGGGCGUUCUGGGCCUCGGUGCGCCCCUCAGCCGCUGUGUUUUUCUUUGCAGCAAGGGAUACCCGUGCCGGGCCUCCCGUCUGCUUCUACGCAGGCUUCACUGUGAGCUGCCCAAGCUACCGAUUUUUGUUCUCGUCGACGGGGAUCCGCAUGGAAUGCGUAUCGCCCUGACAUUCUUGGGACUUUUUGGCGAGGACGCUGCCGCACGACGACGCCGACGACGACGACCACUGCCACAGCAUCAGCAAGGAACAUGUGUCUCGGCGAACUUUCUGUCCGCCUUGCUUCCUGCCCGUUGGAUUGGCGUGCGUCCCUCCACCCUCCCACACCAAACCACCGGGCGGGCGCCUCUUACGUCCUUGGAUCGGCGGGUGCUUUUGCACCUGAUUGAGCGGGUUGUGGAGGCUCUUUCACUCCUUGAGGAUGAUAAGGGCGACGCGGGGGACGUAAGCCUAAUUCGCGGUUCUCUGACGGAUCUUCUGCGGGAGGCGGAGUGGAUGAAGGAGAAAUCGUUGAAGUGCGCCCUUCAGGCCUGGCCGGGUGGUCUCUCGCGGCUUCUGUGCGCUUCCCCGGAGUUGGGGCGGCUAGUGUAA